AUGUCCUAUGUUGAUUUUGUAACACCAGCCAUCGAUCACGCAAAGCAGGCAGCUGAACAGGAUGAAGCUAAAAACUACGAGGAAGCACAGCGAUUAUAUUUAAAAGCUAUAGAUUUUUUUAUGACUGCUAUUAAACAUGAAACAAAAAAUCCAAAGAAAAAAGACAUGCUGAAAUCAAAAGUUCAAGAGCUCAUGGACAGAGCAGAACAAAUCAAAACGUUCUUAAAAGAAAAAGCUGAAAUUGAAAAGGGAGAUAGCGAUUCUUCUGGAGGAUCAAGCGCUGUGGGAUCAAUCGCAAAAGCAAAGUCAAAGAAAGAAAAAAAGGAAGAAGAUGAAAAACAACAAUUGAUGGGUCAGUUAGAGAGUGCCAUUGUAAAGGAAAAACCAAAUGUAAAAUGGGAUGAUGUCGCAGGUCUUGAAGGUGCUAAGGAAGCCCUUAAAGAAGCUGUCAUUCUUCCACUCAAAUUUCCACAGCUCUUUACUGGUAAAAGAACACCAUGGCGAGGUAUUCUACUUUACGGGCCUCCUGGUACUGGUAAGAGCUACCUUGCUAAGGCUGUUGCUACAGAAGCUGACUCAACAUUCUUUUCUGUUUCUGCUGCAGAUUUAGUUAGUAAAUGGCAAGGAGAAUCAGAAAAGUUGGUUCGAUCGUUAUUCGACAUGGCUAGACAAAACAAACCAAGUAUAAUAUUUAUUGAUGAAAUUGACAGUAUGUGUAGUUCCAGAGGAGAAAAUGAUAAUGAUAGCACUCGUAGAAUUAAGACUGAAUUUCUUGUUCAGAUGCAAGGUGUUGGUAAGGACGACAGCGGAGUUUUAAUUUUGGCAGCAACAAAUAUUCCAUGGGGACUUGAUCCUGCCAUUAGAAGAAGAUUUGAAAGACGUAUUUACAUUCCUUUACCUGACAUGCAGGCAAGAGUUGCCAUGUUUAAGAUUCACAUUGGAAAAACUCCAAAUACUCUGAAGAAGGAAGAUUUCGAAGAAUUAGCAUCGUUAACUGAUGGUUAUUCUGGAUCUGAUAUUUCUGUUUUGGUAAGAAAUGCAUUGAUGGAACCAGUUCGUACGUGCCAAUUGGCCACACAUUUCAAAAAAGUGUCUGGCGUUUGUCACUUGACUGGUCAAACAUGUAAUGACAUGUUGACACCAUGUUCUCCUGGAGAUCCAAAUGCUGUUGAAAUGACUUUAAUUGAUGUACCUUCUGACAAAUUACUCCCACCAGAUGUCACAAAAAGAGAUUUUAUUAAGGCACUUCGAACAGCUAGACCAUCCGUUUCAAAAGAUGACUUGCAUGCAUACGACAAAUUUACUAAUGAUUUUGGACAAGAGUGUUAG